UCAAAAUCUGUCCGUUAACAAAAAGAUCCCAAAUAUUCCCUCUCUGAAUUUCCCCCCCACGCGGGCCACCGUGACACAGACGCACUCCACUCCAGCUUCGUUAGGGUUUUUGAACUUACCGUUAAACCCCCAAUUUUCCCAUUCCCGCUUUCAGCCCCAAAUUCCAUCAACUCAAGCUGUUCCUACUUAAUCCAACUUGCAAUUGAUCAUCAUUCUCAAACACAAUUGAGCUAGAAAUGGAUCAUCAACCAGAAAGUUGUGAACCCAUGCUGAGAGAAUCUAUCAAACACUUUCUAGCUGCAUACCGGAGUGGAAGCUCCGAUUUCUCAGCUUUUCAGUCGAUUUUCUUCCGUUUAAUCCAGACAAUGCCCGAUCCGCCCCUUGAAAUGAUCUGGUUUUACUCUGCCGUGACUUUUCACGGCGCAAAAGCAACUCCGGAUAGAGAUAUCCCGCCAAAUAGAACGUUAGUUAUGGCUAAAGAUUUAUUUCAGCAACUGAUUUCAUGUAAUGACUCGAGGAAUGGAUUAAAGAGAGUUGCUCUACUUGCUCCCGUGGUUUUUUUAUUGUAUGAGGUUGUCAAGGAUUCUUCUGAUAAUGAAUUGUGUUUGAGGUGGGAAGCCGAGGAUUUGUUGCAUAAAAUGGUUAGCUAUGUUCAAAUGAGUUGUCGUGAUGAAUUUCAAAGUGGGAAUGAAUCUGAUGUUCCGGUUGCUUGUUUCGAGGAUUUGGUCCGGGUUUGGACGAUUGAUAGAGUGGAAGAGAGCUGUGUUGUCGAGGAGAACCUGAAGGUGUUUUUUCCUGUAUGGAGUGGCAGGACCUGGGAUUGGUUUGACGGAAGAUAUGGAAUUGGUCGGUUGGCUGGGAUCGUUCUGUGCGAGAUGUUUUUGUUGAGACUGUGCUUGAAAAUCAGAUUAGGGGAUGUGCGUGACGAGCUGCAGAAGGAUUUGCAAAAUUGUGCGAUUCAGACAAUCAAGACUUUCCAAAACAGUUAUUUCCUGGAUAUGCUUCUUAAAAUGUUGUUGCAGCCGACCUUGCCAAUCACCAACAUAUUGAGUUCUGAAGAUGGGGUUUCUUUGAUGAGGGUCCUCUAUGAUGUCCUGUUACUUGUUGAUUGUUCAUUUCUCAACUCUGGUAGAUGGAUCCAGCUCCUUGACAAUCAGUCUAGAAAUUUGGCUUUGACGUGGUCCUUAGUUGCUGAUACUGCUGUUCAGCUUGCUAGGUAUGAUAACUCAGAAGAUGUUAAUGCAUAUGUAAAAAUGAAGCAGUCAAUUCUGAAAAUUUUGGCUGCAGGAAUUCAGGUGAUCACAACAGGGCUCUUUCCUAUGCCAAUUCCUUCUGCAAAUCUCAGUUAUCUCGCCAAUUAAUCAAAUGGCUCUCUUCUGAAGUGGGCGUUGAAGAAAAAUGUGGAUCUCCAAUAGGCAAUCCAGGAGAUAUCAUCAGAUGGAUAUCUAUCCUUGAAGGUAAAGGUCUUAGAGGAUUUGAUAAAAGUAUUUCAAAGCUCCUCCCUAAAGAAGCUGCACUUAAGUUGGGUAAUGCUAUUUUUGAUGAAGAGAUGGUCGAUCCUUCUCAUGGUACAGAUCCAGCCACAAUGAUCAAUAUAGAAAAAUCAAUUGAUGGCAGUAGAAAACGAAAAGAAGGAAUGGGAGGAGCUGGUGAACCUAGGAUCAAGCUGGUAAAGUACAAUUUACAUGAUAACGUAAGAUACACAAAAACAUUUAGCAGUGGGGUUGAGAUUGGUAGUUCAGUCUUCGACGAUGAUAUGGAAGUUACAGUUGGUGGAUGAGUUGAGUUUUCCAAGGUAAGGUAUUCGCUAACUGUAGAAGAUAGUUAAUGUAACUGGUUUAUCAUCGUAGAAGGUACAUGUGAGUGAGGUUCUGUCCUCCCCUUUGUCUAUCUCGGAGUUUUUUUAGAGCUGAUGUAAGAACAUGCCGUUGGCUUGAAAUGGGCUGUAUGAUGACAAGGAUGAAUAUAUUGAGCACUUAACCUUACAUUUGUUUUUAGUAAGUUUAUCUGUG